UUUAGGUUGUCGCGCGUUGUUGUGGUUUGUACGUGCGCCAGUUUGUCGCGAAGAGGCGUUUUUUGCGUGGAUUACCGUUUCGCUUAUUUGACAAUGGAACAGACUCAGCUGAUUCAAGAUGAUGAUUUUACACAGGAUGAGGACGACAACCUACUUGGAAGCCAGAUUCCAGUUGCCAAGUUGAAAGUGUUCAGUUGCACAUACUGCUCAGAGAGGGAAUUUAUGCUGUUUAAGGGGGAUAACGCAGUUGGUAGACAUGAGAGUUGUAGGAUUCACAUCCCUGCCCCAUCUGUUUCAAAAAAGCAUGCUGUGAUUGAAAUUGAUGAAAAAUCUCACAUAAUUUAUGAUUGCCGUAGCUUAAACAAAACGCGUCGAAAAAAAGGGGUGCUGAAACCAGAUGUCAGAUACUUUUUGGAAGAUCGUGAUCUCUUGAUGUUUGCAGAUGUGGCUUGUCAGUACAUUAUGCUGCCAGAAAAAAAUAGUGAAUGUACAGCACCAGAUAUCCCACAGCAGAUGCAAAAUCCUGGUGGUACCAAGUUGGAUGUGACAUCGCUAGAGGAGUCCGAGGUCAGCACUGCUCCAGGAACUGCAGAGAGUAGUAUUGUAAUGGAUUCAGAUGAUGAUUCGUUGAUGCUACAGUCAACUCAGGCUUACCCAGUAAGGCCACUUGUGCUAGAGAAGACACCAGCUCCUCGCAAGAAUAAUGCUGGUGUGUCACUAGUGAAGGAUUCUGAUGAUGAGGGCAGUGAUUAUGUCCAGCAACAGAAACUGAAAUCUGAAUUCUCCUGUCAAGAAGGUGGUAAACGGCCCAAUCCAACUUUUUUGUCUCAGUCAGAGACUGUGGUUCCUGAAAGUGAUGAUGAUGGUGCAGACACUUCUGCUGCCAGUGGCAAAUUUCCAGCUCUGCAGAUACAGUCUGAUAGUGAUACUGAUAUUGAAGAUGAAGUGAAUGAAAGUUCAGCGGCUGCAGAAAAAUCUUCUAAUGCAGUACAUGGUCCACCAUGUGUUGUCGAAGAUGAUUCUGUUUAUGCUAUUGAGGCAACUCAGUGCUACGUGUCAAAGAAUGAGCCCAGUAGCAACGCAAAUGUUGCAGAAGAUGCAGAUGAUGCAGGACCUGAAGAAGCUACACAGGCUUAUGCUUGUCCUUCCUCCACCUCGUCAAAGCAGCAGGACAUUUUCAAAAUGCCUCUUCCGUCAUGUUCCAUCUGGAAAGGGCAGAAGGUUCAAGAUGGGGAUGUAAAGACUACCACAGAUGUUGAAGAAAUGGAUGAAGACUCUCUUGUUAUUGCGGAAACACAGGCUUUCUGCAGUGAAGCUGACAGUUCUGUCACAGAUGCAAGCAAUUUGGAGGACCCUGUAGAGGAAGCCACUCAGGCUUUCACUUUCAGCAAGUCACCCCCCAAACAGGAAUUGAAGCAGAAAAUAGAGGAUACUGAACCAGUUGUCAGCAGCUCAGAAACCUUGACUGAUGUAUUGGUUAGGGAAAUGGAGCAUGAUCAAGGUGCCACUGCACAGCUUAGUCUUGGAGACCGCCCUGCAGAUUCUGAGUGUUUACAGCCAGGUAAUGCGGAGUCCUCUCGUGUGCCAGAAAUGCUUCCUUUGCCAGAGACAUCCGAAGCUGAAUCUUGUGACAGUGUGAUGACAGAAACUGGUAAACGAGAGAAGAUUUCUGAGGGAAAUACGCAAUCUGUUGGUGGGAGUAACAAACGUGAAUUGAAUCCUGCAGAAUCUGAAGAACUGCAGACUUUAGAACCUGAACUUUGUCUUUUAGAAUCUGAUCAAAUUCAUCCUGUUGAACCUUCCCAUGGAGUUGGCGUUAAGGCAGACUCUGAAACCAGACAUUUGCAAGCUGAUGUCGAGUCAGGUGAGGUGGAUAUGUCUGAGCCACAAACUCAGGCCAACGUCUCAUCUGUGUUUCUGGAAUCUGCUGUGGAAAGGGAAAAUGCAGUUAACAGUCCAUCUUCCAGUACAGAGAGAGGAUUUUCUGUAGUGAAGCAUGAGCAAGAUGAAGAAUUGGGAACUAGGGUAGUUAAGGAAGGUGCCACCACUACAUGCUCCACUAUGGGGAGCAGUCAGGAGCUUGGCAGCCUGCCAUCUCAAACUUCUGAUGCCACCUUGGCAUAUGACCUUGAACUUGAAGAUACUUGUCCUGAGGUCCAGGAAAAUAUUCCUCAAACCACAUCUGAGGUAUCUGAGAAGGAACAUGAAACUGAAAGAACAGCUCAUUUAACGAGCUCUGACGUAGUUCCGUCAACAUUAGAAGCACCCAAAGAAUUAGUACAAGUGGCCUGUUUUGAAGAAUUUGAAGUACAGCCACGGAAAGUAAACGCCGACCAGCUUAAAGAGGUAAAUAAAAUUCCCUUGCCUUGCAAACCUGUGGGUAUUGCAGAAGCAACAGCUCCUCCUACAGUAUGCAAGGUGCUUCAAAAGGAAGAUGAGGAAAAGCCAGUGGAGACUAAAAGUGCAGAGCCUUUUACUGAAAAAUUACCAGACCCGGAGAAAAACGUUCAUUCUGAUAUUGCAGAUGGCAGUGGUGAUGCUCAGUUGGACGAGCUGAAAGCUGAUCUGACUGAUGAAAUGGUAUCUGCAGGACAAAAUCAAGGUAAACCAGAGGAGAGAAAAGGAGCAACUAGUGAUACAGAAGUUAUGGAGCAAGAGGUAAAGGCAGAUGAUGUAGAGACGAGCAAGACAGAAAAUAGUGGUCUGCCUGGUGAAAAGAUAGCUGUACUGGAUGCUGUGCCUGAUAAAGUGGAGCCCACAGAGGAAAGCGGAAAGGGAGAUGGUGUCUUGAAGGAUACAAUAAUGGACAAUCGUGUAAUGGAAGAGCCUGAAGAGUUACAAGGUGGAACUGAAUCUCUAGCAAAGAAAGAGGAAGGGGACAGUCUUGCAUUAAACAUUGUCACUUCAUCAGAUAUUAGUGGCAUAAAACUGUCUUUAGAAGAGAAAAAUGAAAAUAUUGGAGAAGAGGAUGGGAAGAAAGAAGUCCCUAAAGUGAGCAGCCGUGGAGGGACGUCAUCUGAUAAGGAAUUUGAAGCAGGUGAACAUUUGCCCACUGUAGGUUCUAGUGAAAAAGAGUUGACAGAACAUAUGGAAGGAAAUGAUGGUGGCGUACUCACCAUUGCAACAGUUGAAGAUGUUAAGGAAGAGACUACUAGAGAACAAGAAAUAUUUGAGGAAACUGACCAGGAUUCCAUAGUUAAUGGAAAAAGCAUAAAACUGUGCAUUGCUGAAAAUGUGAAAGCUGAGCAUGUAGAUGACCAGCCUCCAGAUGUCUGUCAGAAAGCAUCUCGUAAUAAGAAAAGAGCAAGUAACCCAUCCACUGAGCCACAAGACCAGAAAGAACAGGGCAGCUGUAGUCUGAAGGUUCCCCAGAUAGGAAGGGGAAGGUCUUCAGGAAGAAAGUCUGCAGCUGAACCUUCACCUGAGUCUAUAGUGUCUACUGACACCCCUUUGAGGGCAGGAAGAACUAGAGGUAGAGCUGCUGCUUCUGCUGUAAAUUCUGAAGUAAUAGAAGAGCAAAAGGCUGUAGCUGGGUCUACUGGCAGGUCUAGAAGAGGUAAGGCAGCAGAGGAGUUGGAUGAAAAACAGAAAGAUCAGGAGAGCAAAACCUCUUCCCCUUCUAAGGAAGAACCUUCUGGAAGAAGUAGGAAGUUCAAGAAGACUGAUAAGGUAUCUGAAGAAGCUAGUAGUGAAACAAGAGCUGAAGAGACUAGUAACGAGAGAGAGAAGAUAUCCGAGGAAGUGAAAGGCCAAAAGGACAGCAGAAAAUCUUCCACAGUCAAGGAAGAACCUUGUACUACUGUAAGAGGUAAAAGGUUUAAGACCAGUAAGGCAUCUGAACAAACUGAUAGUACAGAGGCAGAACAGCCAGUUAAGGAAGAGGAGAAGUUUGGAGAUGAAAAAGGCCUAGAAGACUGCUCUUCUGCUGAGGAAGAACCUUCUCCUAGCAGUAGAAAGUCCAAGAGUGACAAAGAGUCUGAACAAGUCUGUGAUGAAACAGGGGCAGAAGAGACUAGUAAGGAGAUGGUUGAUGCACCAACCAAGUCUAGAGAGCGUAAUGUACCCAGUAAAGAAACUGAAGUAUCUGAUAAUGCCAGGCCUACACGGAGCAGAAAAGGCAUUAAAGAAUCACAGGAACGGACAUUUCACAAUGACCAGGUACCUGCAGACACUCCAAAUGAAACGAACAGAGGCCGGGCCACUCGAAAGAGAGGGGCAUCCUCUACAAUUGACACUAGUUCUGCCACUCAUGAUCACAGUGAAGAUGGUGAGCCUGUUCGAAAGAAAAGGAUGACGUCCGCUAUGUCAGAGGAGGCUGCUAGCAAGGCAGAUGUUCCCAGGAAGCGGGGAGCAUCAGCAAAAUUGCCCACAGAAGAAGAUCAGACCCCUGCAGCGGAAGAACCAAAAUCUCGAACAAGUAGAGGGAAGAAGGGGCAAGCAGUGUCCACUAUUGCACAGUCUGAAGCAAACUCUAGUGGUAUUGCUGAUGCAGAACUCCAAGGUAGAAAAUCAAGGCGGUCUACAAAAGCCCCAUCACAAGAUGAUAAUCAAAGUGUCCAUUCGUGUUCCAGUGUAGAGGAUGGUUCUGAAGGUGCAUCCAGUAGAAGUAGCAGUAGGAGUAGAAGUGGAAAAAGUCAGGAGGAUCCACAGAUACUUUCUCCAAAGGAAUCUGUACGUCCAGGGUCAAAGCGUCGAAGACCAACUGAUGACGAGCCUGCUGUUAGCUCUCCUGAGGCAAAGACACCACGACGUACAAGCCGUGCAGCUAGUUCCAUAACCAGCCCCAGAGCCAAUGGAUCUCCAUCUGCACUAAAGAUUAUGUUCACUGGUGUGGUCUUUGAAGAUGGUGAACGGGUGAUCCAGAGGCUUGGGGGGGAGAUGGCUGAGUCAGUCCACAACUGCACCCAUGUGAUCACCGACCGUGUGCGACGAACAGUGAAAUUUCUUUGUGCUGUGGCCAAGGGAAUUCCCAUCGUGACCUUGGAUUGGCUCAAGAAGAGUGAAAAGAGUAAACGUUUCCUAUCAUGUGAUGACUUUUUGGUGAAUGAUGUGGAACAAGAGAAACAUUUUGACUUUAGUCUCUCGGAGGCACUUCUUAAAGCCAAGAAACGAUCUUUAUUACAGGGCUACGAGAUUCACAUUACUCCUGGUGUGAAACCAGAACCUGUCCAUAUGAAGGAGAUUAUUCAAUGCAGUGGGGGGACUUUUCUGCCAAAGAUGCCACGUGCAUAUAAGGAUAAAGUAUUAGUUGUAUCCUGCCCUGAAGAUCUCUCAAAGUGUAAAGUUGCCAUGGAUGCCUCCAUACCAGUUGUUGGUGCAGAAUUUAUCUUGACAGGAAUUCUUCAGCAGUCAAUAGAUGUAGAAAAAUACAGGCUGGAGGGCAGCACUACUACAAAAGCUCAACAGAAAGGAGGGAAGCAAAAUGCUAAAACCACUCCACCAGCAGCCAAACCAGCAAAAAGAAAACGCUGAUUUUAAUAAAAUAGUUAUGAAAUGUACAUAUUUAUUUUCUUAACUCUUGUAAAUAAAUUGUCUUUUGGGUCACAUUUGUCAGUUUUGGGUAGUGUCAAUAUUAUUGCUGCACCAUCUUAAAACAGAGGGACCUAUUUGCCAUACAAGUCCUCCUGAAACAAGGCUUCAGCAACAGACGUCCUCUGCUGCCUUGCUACUUGAAUGAGUACACAGUAAGCACACCCAUGUAAAGGACAUAACUGACAACUGUAACAAUUUUAGAACUCUUUCCCACUACUGUCGAAGCAGCUGCCCCAUGAACUUGUGUCCUCAGUAUUCUACCACUGAGGUAGAUCACUGUUCAGUGAACAUCUGAGAAAUGUGUUGAUACUUUUGUAAUUUUUUGUUACUUGUGUAACUUACAACAGUGGAACAUUGUUUUUAUAAGCACAAACAUGUUUCUUAAACUUCAA